GAUAACCCUCUUACAUUUUCUCUGAGUUUCUUCUGUCCCACUUUCCUCUUCUCUUCUCCUUUCCUACCUUCCUAAUCCUCUCUGCACACUCUUCCCCUGUUUCCAGUCCAUCACUUCUCUUUACUACUUACUUUCCUUUUCUGUUUCUUCUCUCUAUGUUUUGCAACUUUACUCAUCAAUCACUUGUCAUUUCUCUCUGCACUUUCUUUUUCUUUGACUCCAGAAUCUGAUAUGAAAAUAUCCCACUUGAACCAAUAUGUUUGCCAUUGUUUAAUCCUCAUUGCUUUUUCUGGGGUUUGUCUUUUAAUGCCCAAAAAGUAUUAUUGCAUUGUCAACUAAAAUCAAUUCCUAUAAAACCAAUACCCUUUUCCAUUAUCUUUAUUACCCACUUCUCAGAUUCUCAAUUUGAACCUUUUUUUCUUCUUCUUCUUCUUCUUCUUCUUCUUAUUCAAGAAAAGCUUUCUCUUUUUCUUCUGUUUUCUUUUUUUGUUUUCCAUGAAAGAAUCCCAAAUGAGUAUACCUCACUUGUUUAGGUGUCCCAUAAGUCUAGACCUGUUGACAGAUCCAGUAACCCUCUGUACAGGCCAAACCUAUGAAAGACAAAGCAUAGAGAAAUGGCUAGCAGCAGGUAAUCUAACCUGCCCUGUAACAAUGCAGAAACUCCAGGAUCCCACCAUUGUUCCUAAUCACACUCUUCGCCAUCUCAUUCAUCAAUGGCUUCAAAUGGGUUCUCAUUUCCAGCCUGAUUACUUUUCAAAAAUCGAUUCUUUAGCUUCAAUCAAACACACCCUUCAAUCCCCUCAAUCCACAAUCAACAACAAGCUAUCAGCCGUUGAACAACUCCAACUUCUGCUUCAAGAAUCGUCAUCAUCGUCAUCAUCACCUACACCCAUAACUUCAUGUUUGAUCCAAUUAGAAUUCUUGCCUUUAAUCCUGGAAUUGCUUUUCGGAAAAGUAGAAAUCAGACCCAGUUGGGAAUAUAUAACGUUUGUAGAACACAUUGGUUGUUGUGUCCUAACUUUGCUGCCUCUUGGUGAUCUGCAAGUUCUAAAUAUGCUUCAAGAAGAAUCCAAAAUGGAAGCUUUCCUAGUUUUAUUGGAGCAAGGAAGUAGCAUCAUCAAGAAGAAUCUCUGCAACAUUGUGGAGAUCACAUCAUCAUCUACAUUAACCAAAGAGCUCUGUGAAAAACUGGGAAAAAACCAGAGAUUACUUCAAGAUAUUGUUUUUCUUGUUUACCACAAUUCUGAAGAAGCCAAUUAUGGGAUCAAAGCCAUUUCAGCAUUGUGUUGUUUGGAUUCAAAUCAUGAAAAUUUAGUCAAAUUUGGAGCAAUCAACGGGCUGAUCACAUACAUUUUGAAUGCUGACAAGCAAGAAACAAACUUGGCAGCAAUUGCAGUGGGAAGAAUAGAGCAACUUUUGAGACUUGAAAGCUCAAAAAGCGCAUUAAUGGAGAACCCAGAAGGGAUAAAUGGUGUUGUGAAGAUGGUUUUUAGGGUUUCUGAUCACGAAGGAAGUGGGAGUGCAAUAAACUCAUUGAUGAUGAUAUGUGAAGAGUCGUUGCAGGCAAGAGAGAAGGCAAUUAAAGGUGGAGUUUUGACUCAAUUGCUGUUGCUGAUUCAGAGCCAAUGUAGCAGUAGGACCAAAACCAAGGCAAGGAUGUUGUUGAAACUGCUAAGAUCAAAUUCAUAGCUUAAUAACAUGUAUGUCAAGUGUGUGAGUGGGGUCUGAUUAUAUAUAUACUAUACAUAUAUAUAUAUAUAUUAUAUGAGGUGGGUUGGAUUCUAUUCAAUCUUAUGUGACGUGGGUAGCUGUAUAGUAAGUGUUCAUUUAAUUUAUAUGUAUUUCCAGAAGAAGAAAGUGUCAAUCUUUAUGUUUCUGUUCAAUUGAAAAUUCAUCUUGAAAAAUGCCCUCUACUGAGUGGGUUUAAGAAGCUUUUGUGAGUUAGAAUUUUCGAAGGUUAUAUAUUCUCAAAUUAUU